UUCUUGACGGUGACAAGUGGCAGUUGUUGGGGCGACAAAAGCGGGGACUAGCCGAUCUUUCGUGAAAACGCCCGUGAUCAAGUCAAGCCGGGCUGUUUCAAAGAUCUAAACGCUAAGGACGAGGCAUUAACUCAAUUACCACUUGGUGACGCGCCACAGGUGUAUCGAGGAACAGAGGAAGUGCGAGAGAGAGAGAGAGAGAGAGAGAGAGAGAGAGAGGCUGAAAGGGUUGGUGGUCGAACUCAAUGAUCCGUGAACAGUGGACCACCACACGUGGACGCGAUGGACGCCAACUACAAACGGAAAACGGUCCAUCGGAGCAUAUCGUUGCUGCUGCGGGAUAUCGAUCAGAUCUCCAUGAGCGACAUGGGAACGUCCAAUCCGGCGCUCAGCUGUGACGAUGCGACCACCACAUCCCCAGCCACGGGUCAGGCCGAACCGGUAACACCGGGCGGUGGCAUGUUUGACACUAGCCUGGCCUGCUACUCACUGCGCAGCGAGGCGGAAGAGUUUGACGAAAACUUGGAUGCCCCCGAUUCCGUCACCUACCUGUCGAUCGGUGGACCCAAUCCGGUGCUGGUCAUACGUGAAGGUGACGCCGACAGUGGGUCCACGGUGUCCGAGAUCCCGUACAACUAUGUCUACAAUCCACCGGUCAAGUUUGACUCGAUGCGACGACACAUCUUCAUCCCGGGGUUGGAGAUCAACGUGGAGAUCAUUGACAAUGAGCGUAACUUAACGUCGCACGUGCUGAACCCCAAUCUGUACACGGUAAAGCUGACACAUGGACAGUUCACGUGGACUAUCCAGAAGCGGUACAAUCACUUCCGGAACCUUCACCAGCAGCUCACGACCUAUCGGACUUCGCUGCACAUACCAUUCCCCACGAAGAGCCACCGGGAGCGAAGGGACAGCUUCCGGAAUAUGCAUACCGUACAUCAGACAACGGCAUCGCCAGCUAUGCAACAGAAGCUUGGAAAACCGUUGAAAAAGAUCAAAAAGAGUGCCCUGCCACGGUUUCCACUGAAGCCCGAUUCGCUCGUCUCGUUCGAUGCCGUUCCGCAGCGGAUGAAGCAGCUCGAAGAGUAUUUGUACAAUCUACUCAACAUAUCUCUCUAUCGCAAUUUUCACGGGACGGUGAACUUUCUCGAGGUGUCACACUUGUCGUUCAUUGCCGCCCUCGGCGACAAGGGUAAGGAAGGGCUGAUCAAAAAGCGCACCGGUUCGACGAGAGCCGGCCAGUCGGGAUGUAACUUUUGCGGUUGCCUUACCGGUGGAUGCUGCGUACGGUGUAGCUACUUCUGCAGUGAUGUCGUCUGGAGCAAGUGGCGCAAUCGAUGGUUCUUCGUCAAAGAAACGUGCUUCGGGUACUACCGACCGAAGGAUGGUGUGCUGCGGUGUGUCGUACUGUUCGAUCAGGGUUUCGACAUCUCGUCCGGUAUGUACAGUACCGGGAUGCGGAAUGGGUUGCAAAUCGCCACCAACUCGCGGUAUCUCGUGAUCAAACAUCCGACGCGCCGUAUGGCCAAAGAUUGGAUGCGGUACAUGAAGGGAGUGGCGAACGAGAGUGCGCGCGAUUUCACCCUUCCCAAUCCACACCAAUCGUUUGCUCCGUCCCGCCCCGGUGUCCAGGCCGGUUGGUUCGUGGAUGGGGCCGGUUACAUGAGUGCCGUGGCCGAUGCACUGGAAGGGGCCACCGAGGAAAUCUUCAUCACCGACUGGAUGCUCAGCCCGGAGAUCUACAUGAAACGGCCGGCGAUCGAUGGUGAUUACUGGCGGUUGGACAAGAUUCUGAAGCGCAAGGCCGAGCAAGGGAUCAAGAUCUUUGUGCUGCUGUUCAAGGAGCUGGACUUUGCGCUCGGCAUCAACAGUUACUACAGCAAACAGAAGCUCGUGGAGCAGCACGAGAACAUCAAGGUUCUGCGUCAUCCGGAUCAUGCGAAAGCGGGCAUCCUGUUUUGGGCGCACCACGAGAAACUCGUUAUCGUUGACCAGACGUAUGCAUUCGUUGGUGGAAUCGACCUGUGCUAUGGACGCUGGGAUGAUUACAAACACCGGUUGACUGAUCUGGGGAGCAUCUCCUCAUCGACGACCAGCUCGGCGAACAAUACGACCACCCGGAAACCGUCCACCGUGGUCGAGCUGGACGAGAAUGGUUCCGUGGCGAAUCUGUUAAAGUCGAGCAAAAACAUUGCGAUCGCUACGGCGGUGGAUCGGCAGGAGGCGGAAACAGCGGCCGCAGCCAGAGCGAUCCAAGCAGCCCAAGGUGGUGGUGAAGCACCGGGUGCAUCAAUCACACCUGCUGAGAGCAAAUCGGAGAAGCAAAAGAAGUUUGUUCAAACGCAACCGGAUGUCGUUAAGGAAGCGACCGGUGGUGGCGGUGAUGAGUCGUCCUCACACAAGCUGCUCGUCGCAGCCGCCCAGGCACUAAGCAUGGUCAAUUCCGAGCGCCAGCAGGUGACGGAAGAGCGUGAAACCAGUAUGCCCGAGAACAUUAAACAAAACACGCCGGAAAUGGGGCGGCGUAACAUGAUGGACAAGCUGAAGGACAUGGGACGGGAUUGGAAGAACCGUAUGACACUGACGGACCAGCAGGGUGAGGAAGUGGAUGGGAACACCAAGAGCACGCUCAGCAGUCCCGGGUACCUAUCGGAAGAGGAACGACGGAAGCGCCAGCUGUAUGCCGGGGGUGCCGGGGGCGACGGAGCAAGUAGCGUUCUCAGUCCACAGCCGUUCAAAAGCAAAUUUACGUUCGAAUUGGAUGGACAGGCCAAGCUGUGGAUCGGCAAGGAUUACAUCAAUUUUAUUGUAAAGGACUUUACUAAUCUUGACUCGCCGUAUGUCGAUUUGGUCGAUCGCUCCACAACCGUGCGUAUGCCGUGGCACGAUGUGGCCACCGUGGUGCUUGGACCGGCCGCCCGGGAUGUGGCCCGUCAUUUUAUUGAGCGCUGGAACGCGGUGAAGCUGGAAAAAUGCCGCGAAAACACAAGCUACCCGUACCUGUUACCAAAGAGCUACAAUGACAUACGGAUCGACAGCAAGUUUCUGAACGUUCCGCUUCAUCACGUCACCUGCCAGGUGUUGCGUAGUGCUUCCAGCUGGAACUGUGGUUUCAUUGAACCGGACUGCGUGGAGCAGAGCAUUCACGAGGCGUACGUGCAAACGAUAUCGAAGGCGCAGCAUUACAUCUACAUCGAGAAUCAGUUCUUCAUCAGCCUGGAGAUGGGUAAUGGUGUGGUGAAGAAUCAGAUCGCGGAUUACCUGUUUAAGCGGAUUGUGCGAGCCCACCGGGACAAGAAGGUGUUCCGGGUGUACGUCGUGAUGCCGCUGCUGCCCGGUUUCGAGGGGGAUGUCGGUGGUUCCACGGGAAUCUCGUUGCGAGCGAUCACACACUGGAAUUAUGCGUCCAUCUCGAGGGGUAAAUCAUCCCUUCUCACGAGACUGCGGGCGGCAGGAAUCGAAAAACCAUUCGAUUACAUCUCGUUCCACAGUUUGCGAACCAACUCAACCCUCAACGGUAUGCCGGUGACGGAGCUGAUCUACGUACACUCGAAGUUGCUGAUCGCCGACGAUAAGGUGGUGAUCUGCGGUUCAGCCAACAUUAACGAUCGCUCUCUGAUUGGCAAGCGCGAUUCGGAGGUGUGCGUUAUGAUAACGGAUGAAUCAUUCGAAGAAGGUCGUAUGAAUGGCGAAUCCUAUCCGUGCGGUAUCUUCGCGGGAAAGUUGCGGAAAUUUCUAUUCCGUGAACAUCUGGGACUGCUCGAGCCCGAACCGAACCGGGCACCGGUCGAUGUUACUGAUCCGGUCAUCGAUAGCUUUUGGACCGAUGUGUGGCGUAAGACAUCAUAUUGCAACACGCACAUCUACGAUGAGGUGUUCCGCUGCAUUCCAUCCGACGCAGUGCAAUCGUUCGUCAUGAUGAAACGGUUCCUGGAGGACAAAAGUUUACUGCAAUCCAACCCGGACGCUAUCCAGAAGGCAGUGUCGCGGAUCGUGGGCAAUCUGGUGGAUUUGCCGCUAAAGUUCCUUUGCAAGGAAGUCCUUACUCCUCCCGGCGCUAGCAAGGAGGGCAUGAUGCCAACGUAUAUGUGGACGUAGGUGCGCUACGCACCGUCUCACUCCCUGCUAAAGUCGUUCACAUGUCUCUCCUCAUGUGCUACAUACGCUUUCAUUUCUGCGCUUAUCAUUUCAACUCCAUUCCUUAACAUCUGAUCGAUUGCAUUCCGGCCAAUAGUGUAGAUUUGUUGUUUGGUUUUUACGACUUUGUCGCAAUCAGUCUUUCUUAUCUGUUUGUUUAUGUUAUCUCUAGAUAUUUUACUGUUAUUUAUUAUCAUUCGUGGAUUUUUAUAAAGCUUUCGAAGAAAACAGAUUUAUCAAACUUCA